AUGGCAAAACGCACGGAUUAUGCUGACUACGAUGACGGUGAAACGUUUGAGAAUGUACAAAGUCCACUGUCUGAUACUGGGCAUCAUGAAAACUACUAUGGCAGACAUAUUCGGACUAGCUUUUGUAUAGUAAUACAAUUAACAAAACACGAUGUAUUUUAUCGUGCCGGUUCAAUCUUUCCUCGUCCAACCACCGCUUUUUAUAAUCUACCCCCCUUAUGCCACCCAAAAGGCGCUCGGUACUUUGAUAUAUUUACCUUAUCUCUUCAGCUUAUUGAUGCUUCAUCUAAGAAGCCUAAGCGGACUAAGCACGUUAAGUUGGAGGAAAAGCUAGGUGAAUCCAAGGUUUUGCCUUUCUCUUUAUUUUUUCAGCCAAGGCAAAAAGUAGAGGAACUAGAAUCUGUCUCCAAAGACAAAGUGGUUCUCUCUGAAAAAAUGAAAGUGGAAUACCAAAUUUGUGUCAUGGAACGUGAAUGGACUUCGAAGCUGGCUGAAAGUAGCUUUCUUAUGAUUUACAAUCAGACUGAUCCAAGGGCAUAUUUUAAGCAAGAGCAGCCCCAUGUUCUAGCAAUUCAAGAGCUGAAGUGUGCUUUUAAUAAGAUUCCCAAAGAGGCUAAUAUUCCUGGAUAUUCUGCCGCUUGGAAUUCUGCAGAAAAAGAGGGCUAUGCUGGCACGGGGGUUUUUUAUAAGGAUAAUCUCGCUAAAUUCAGCAAAGGAAUUGGUAUCGAUUUGCAUGAUAGUGAAGGACGGAGUAACCCGGCUUCAGAUGUACCUAACUCUGGACGCGGACUUGUUCGUCUUCAAUACAGGGAUAAAAGUUGGGACCCUGAUUUCAAAGAAUACUUAAAGCGACUGGAUGCAAAGAAGCCUGUAAUUUUGUGUGGUGACCUGAACGUUUCUCAUCAAGAAAUAGGUAAUUUACCAUUAUCCGAUGUAUUAGAUUUGGCCAAUCCCGAAAGCAACAGACGCACCGCCGGGUUCACUGAUGAAGAACGUGCUGGUUUUUCUGAAUUGCUUGCAGACCUCGAUUUCGUCGACACUUAUCGUUAUCUUUACCCUCAGAGGCGCGCCUAUACUUAUUGGACUUACAUGAGUAAUGCACGUAGUAGGAAUGUCGGAUGGCGUCUCGAUUAUUUCCUCGUUUCUCGCCGCUUCCUUCCCAGCAUCUGUGAUCACGAGAUCCGAUGUGGAAUGCCCGGCAGUGACCACUGUCCUAUUGUUCUCUAUCUGGAUUUAUAA